AUGAAUGCUUAUACCUGUUUAGUUUUUGUGUUUGUUGGAAUUGUGGCUGGUGGAAAUGAACGAAACAGCAGAUGGACACAUGUGCGCACGGUGGACAGUGGUUUCGCAAAUGGAUUGGAGGAGAAACUAAAAGGGAUUGAACAGCGCCUCUAUAGGGUGGAAGACAAGUUUAAGACUAUUUCCAAAACACAAGAAGAGAAUUUGGAACAGACAAAGAUGUAUAGUAAAUAUGCAAAGAUCAACACGGAGAUCGUGUACAAGAUGACAAAUAAUUGCGACAAAGAAAGAAAUCAUCUUCGCUGUCUAGAGUCCGGCGAAUGUAUACAUGAACUACUGGCUUGCGAUGGUCACGUCGACUGUGCAGAUGGUACCGAUGAACGGGACGACGUUUGUAAUGAUUCCAUAUUUGCCCCUGGAUUGCUGUACAAGGCAUAUAUAGCGAGUGGUCAGACAUGCUUCAUGGAUGCAAAAAGAGUUCACUUUGAAUUUCUGUACGACAAGAUAAUUAGACGAUCUCAUCUCCCACAGGCGGUUUUCACCACGGGCAAUCUCAUAUGGCGAUACGAACGGUUAAACGGAAGCAAAGUGUAUGAAUCCAGAGACUGCAAUGGUACAUACUUGCUGGGUAGUGGGUUUGAGCAUGUUUGGACGGUUGAGAAGGAACCAGUUAUAUUCAGGGCAUACAUACCAUACUUCAUCCGUGAAACGCCAGCACGAUCUUACAUUUACUUGGGCGACAAUCCGAUACCAUGUGGAUGGUGUACAUGGGUGAUACCAGAGGAGUUUGAUGAAAACGUCAGAGCAGUGUAUAGCAACGAAUAGACAACUUCUUGAAUUGACAUGCAGUUUUACUGAUUUGUUUUUUCAUUCUUUUUUGGGGAUAUGAUUGAUGAUAAAAAGUGAUCAUGAUGAGUGGUGUAUCCAAUACACUACACUGGCGGAUCUGGGGGGCAGGGGCCCUUUGGUCAUUACUUGGCCUUUUAAUGCCUUAUUUUUAAUUUUAGGCCAAAUUGUUAUGCAAAUGGUCCUCAAAAAGUUUGGACCCACUUUUUGGUUCUAGUGGCCCAAAAACAUUUUCAGCGCAAACGCGGAAGUUUUUUCUCAGACCUGAAAUUAAUGUACAUCAAAUUUGAUCUGAAAUAAAUGAUUAUUAAAAGGUUAA